UUAAUGCUGGAACAUUGCGAUAAACUUCUGAAUUUCCUCAUUCUUAUACAUUAAUGCAAAUUGUAUUGAUCUUACAUUUUUCUUUAGACUCUGGUUUAAAGAACAAAUUGAUUUCUUAGUAAUUGAAAAUCAACAAAUUCGGUCAUUUGCACUACUCUGUAUUGAAUACUGAUUAAUUAAAAUCUAACAAGAUUGAACAAAAAAAAUUUCGAGUUUUUAAGCAUUAAUCGAACAUCGAUUAAUCGAUCGACUUUUGCCAGUUCUGGCGAAGACAGAAAUUGUGGUCGGCAGUGGUAGGGAAGAGUGGAAGAGCAAAGAUAAUCUUCUUUGGGGAAGAGUAGUGUGACGGUUGUGUCACGCUGCGUCAAGAGAUGUGUAAGAAAUAUUUUAUCAAUUGAUACCGUCAUGUGAAUAUUUUUAUAGUCAUUUCGAUAAUCUGCCAAAUAUAAGCGGCUAAAAUGGAAACGUAUAAUUGAAUGGAAAUCAUUGGAAUCAAUAUCUGCUUGGUGGAGUGAGUCAUGAGUUCUGUCACAGAAAUGACGAACAACGAUGUACAUUACGAUGCGACAAAUUUUUACAUAGGUUUAGGACUAGCAAUUAGCUCCAGCGGUUUUAUAGGUGCCAGUUUUAUCAUAAAAAAGAAGGCUUUAAUCCAGCUGCAAAAGUAUGGAGGACUGCGCGCGUCGUCCGGUGGUUUCGGCUAUUUGAAAGAAUGGAUAUGGUGGGCUGGCCUUUUAUCCAUGGGCAUAGGGGAAGCGGCGAACUUUGUUGCGUACGCAUUCGCCCCGGCGUCGCUCGUAACACCAUUGGGAGCCUUAAGUGUUCUAGUAUCAGCAGUAUUAGCCUCUAGAUAUCUUAACGAAAAACUGAAUCUAUUAGGAAAGAUGGGUUGCUUGUUAUGUAUCUUAGGCUCCACAAUAAUAGUAUUACAUUCCCCAAAGGAGGAAGAGGUCAGCAGUUUGAGCGAGCUGAUUGUCAAGAUAAGAGAACCGGGCUACAUGUUGUACGUCUUAAUCGUAAUAAUGUCCACCUUGUCGAUCGUCUUUCACUUCGGCCCGGCGUACGGCAAGCAAAAUAUUCUGGUGUACAUUUGUCUGUGCUCGUCCGUCGGCUCGUUGACCGUCAUGAGCUGCAAGGGUCUGGGCUUGGCGCUGAAGGAGACCAUCUCUGGCGGUGAGAACGCCUUCGCCAAUUGGCUAACAUGGGUCUUCAUAUUCAGCGUUAUCCUCUGCAUCAUGAUACAGAUGAAUUAUCUGAAUAAAUCGCUCGAUCUGUUCGACACGUCGAUCGUGACGCCAAUUUACUACGUCUUCUUCACAACUCUGGUGAUAAUAGCGUCCGCGAUUUUGUUCGAGGAAUGGACGAAGAUGAGCGCGGAAAAUAUUUUAGGUUCCUCCUGCGGCUUUCUCGUAAUUAUAAUCGCCAUAUUCCUGUUGAACGCCUUCAAGGAGAUGGACGUGAAUUACGGUAACAUCAGGCACAUGUUGAGGCCCAAGAGGGAAGUGCUCUCGAAUUAUAACUCCAGGUGGGACGAUCACGAGGGAACGAGGGCCAGAGUGGAGUCCCAGCAUCUGCUUAAUCAUACUUACAACUCGGAUAUCACUAGGACCGUUUGAAAAUUAUUCUCAUAGAAACGCAUACAACCUGCUGCGUAUCAAAACCUUGUACAGCGAUCGAGAGGUAGAUUUUUAAGAAAGAUAAUUAUUGUUCCCCCGUAUCCUUCGCACGACUGGAUGCAUAUACGCUUUAUAUAUUGCCUUCGAAAGCAAUAAAAUACUUCAAACGUUU